AUGGCGUUCCUUGACUGCCUGCAGCAGUUCGAGGAAGAGGCUGAGAAGCAGGAGGGGGAUCUCUGCCUGCCCUACAGGAUCCUCGUGAAGGAAGGCCGGAUGGAGGGCCCCGCAGGCAGCGGGGAAUGCUAUUCUGUUAGGACUCAUCUGAACACAGAGGAACAGUGGACAAAGGCACUCCGAUUAAGGCUUCUCAAUCUGAAGAGAAGAGAGCACAUCCAGAGGCGCUUUACCACUGAGCCCAUCCCCAGCCCUUUUGACUUUGGCACAGGAUCUCCCUACGUUGCUGAGCCUGGCCUGCAUCUGGCAACCUAUCUGCCUCAGCCUCCCAAGGACGUCCGAAACCGUGCCAGCAACUUAUCGGUCGAGGUCAAAAAGAAGAAGUGGACCACCCAAACCUCUAGACUAUACCCUGUACUGGAUAAAUCCAAGCCCUCCGCUCCUCCUAAGUCGAAACCUCGGACUGUCCUUCCGCCCGAGGAAAAUACCUUAAUAGAUCUACUAGCAGAAGAACCCCCACCUUACCCUCCUCAACCUCUCCCCGACACCAACCCUCAUCCGGAUUCCUCCGAGGAGGAUGAGGAACCCCCAAUUGCCGGAAUCCUCCCAGACCCCUCUCCAAUGGUGGGAAGACUCCGAGGGCGCAAGGAGCCUACAACUUCUAGGGAAACCUCAAAGGUUUUCCCCUUAAGACAGACUGGAGGCCCUAAUGGUCAAUAUCAAUACUGGCCUUUCUCUGCCUCUGACCUUUAUAACUGGAAAACCCAUAACCCUUCCUUCUCGAGUGACCCUGUAGCCUUAACCUCUUUAAUUGAGUCCAUUCUAGUGACCCACCAACCAACCUGGGAUGACUGCCAGCAGCUUCUCCAAACUCUCCUCACAUCCGAGGAAAGACAAAAAGUCUUAUUAGAAGCCUUUACUCAUAGCGGGUCUCCAUGGGGCCGGACGAAGGCCCACCAAUUUGGCUCAGUGGACACAGGAGCCCAACAUUCAGUGCUGACGCAGGACCCCGGACUCCUAAGUGGAAGGACGACAUGGGUCCAGGGGGCCACCGGAUGCAAACCGUAUCGAUGGACCACUAAAAGAGAAGUCCACCUUGCCUCAGGUAAGGUCUCCCACUCAUUCCUGCAUGUGCCCGACUGUCCAUACCCAUUUCUAGGAAGAGACUUACUAACUAAACUAAAAGCCCAGAUUUGUUUUGAGAAUGGAAGGGCCUCCAUAAGUGGGCCCAACGGGGUGCCUCUCCAUAUAUUGACUUUUAACUUGGAAGAUGAAUAUAGACUAUUUGACCCUCCCGAACUUGGCAAAGAUAUGGACUAUUGGCUCAGCUCCUACCCAGAGGCCUGGGCUGAAACUGGGGGAAUGGGAAUGGCAAUACGCCAAGCCCCCAUAGUGAUCUCACUCAAGACCACUGCAAUACCUAUCAAUAUUAAACAAUACCCCAUGUCCAGGGAAGCUUACCUAGGCAUUAAACCGCAUAUCAAGCGGCUCCUAGAUCAAGGCAUACUGACACCUUGCCGAUCACCCUGGAACACCCCCUUACUCCCAGUCAAAAAGCCAGGGACUCAAGACUAUCGCCCGGUCCAAGACUUAAGGGAGAUAAACAAGAGAGUGGAAGACAUCCACCCCACGGUACCCAACCCUUAUAACCUCCUCAGUACCUUGCCUCCCACUCAUACCUGGUAUACUGUCCUAGAUUUAAAGGAUGCAUUCUUCUGCUUGAGGUUAAGUCCCCAGAGCCAGGCCCUAUUUGCAUUUGAAUGGAAGGAUCCUGAGGAAGGACUCUCAGGACAAUUGACCUGGACCCGGUUACCACAAGGAUUUAAGAACAGUCCCACACUUUUUGACGAAGCCCUACAUCAGGACUUAGCUGAUUUCCGGGUAAAAAACCCCUCCCUAAUAAUGCUCCAAUACGUAGAUGACAUUCUAGUGGCGGCCCCUACCGAAGAAGAAUGUAUUGAAGGGACCAAAGCAUUACUGCAGGCUCUAGGGCAAUUGGGGUACCGGGCCUCUGCAAAGAAAGCACAAAUCUGUCAGACGAAAGUUACCUACCUCGGAUAUGAGCUUCAUAAUGGUCAGAGAUGGCUCACCGCAGCCCGGAAAGAAACUAUCUCGAGUAUUUCCACUCCCCAGAAUCCCAAACAACUACGGGAAUUCCUGGGGACAGCAGGUUUUUGUAGACUAUGGAUUCCUGGAUUUGCAGAGAUAGCAGCCCCUCUGUACCUAUUAACAAAGCAGAACAGCCCUUUCGCCUGGACAAAUGAACACCAGAGGGCAUUUGAUCACAUCAAACAGGCCCUCCUAUCUGCCCCUGCCCUGGGUUUACGACCUUUUGACCUCUUUGUUGACGAAAAGCAGGGAUAUGCAAAGGGAGUCCUAACCCAGAAAUUGGGGCCAUGGAAAUGCCCAAUCACCUACUUGUCAAAAAAAUUGGACCCUGUGGCAUCAGGAUGGCCUCCCUGCCUCCGGAUGAUAGCAGCAGUAGCAAUCCUAAUUAAGGAUGCUACUAAACUGACUCUGGGACAGCCACUAACCUUGUUAACUCCACAUGCCAUCGAAGCAGUAAUCCGGCAACCUCCUGACCGCUGGAUCUCCAAUGCCCGGCUUACCCACUACCAAUCUUUAUUGCUGGACACGGACCGAAUCCGGUUCGGUCCUUUAGUAACUCUAAACCCAGCCACGCUCCUGCCCCUCCCCGGGGGACCCGUCCCCCACAAUUGCCAACAGAUUCUUGCAGAGACCCAAGGAACCCGACCAGAUCUGUUAGACCAACCCAUGACGGACGCGGAGUUAGUCUGGUUCACUGACGGGAGUAGCUAUUUGCUAAACGGGGAACGACGAGCAGGAGCAGCUGUCACCACUGAAUCAGAGGUAAUCUGGGCGAGCGCGUUACCGGGAGGAACAUCAGCCCAGCGAGCAGAGCUGAUAGCUCUGACGCAGGCCUUAAAACUGGCUGAGGGGAAGAAACUCAAUGUAUACACAGACAGUCGGUAUGCCUUUGCUACCGCCCAUAUCCAUGGAGAAAUAUAUCGGCGGCGAGGGUUAUUAACCUCAGAGGGAAGAGAGAUCAAGAAUAAGACUGAAAUCUUAGCCUUAUUAAAGGCCCUCUUUCUGCCAAAGAGACUAAGUAUAAUACAUUGCCCUGGCCACCAAAAGGGAGACCAUCUAGAGGCAAAAGGAAACAGACUGGCAGACGAAACUGCUAGGAAUGCAGCUUUAGGCCCACAACUCCUAGUGACUACCCUAUUGCCACAAAAGGUUAAAAAGCCACCCGAGGGCUUCGAGGAACGUUGGGGAAAAACUGUAAUGCCUAUCAAACACACCAAAGAACUAAUAAGAUCCUUGCACAGACUUACUCAUUUGGGAGCUAAAAGGAUGAGAACCCUCUUGGAUCGUGGAGAAGGAAAUCUAUACCUGCCCCACAGAGACUCAAUCAUCAGGCAAUUUGUGAGAAAUUGUCAAGCUUGUGCUCAGGUUAACGCAGGUAAAAUAAAAUUUGGGAUUGGGACCUGGGCCAGAGGGCACAAGCCUGGAACCAGUUGGGAAGUCGACUUUACAGAAAUCAAACCUGGUAUGUAUGGAUACAGGUAUGUUUUAGUUUUUGUGGACACUUUUUCAGGAUGGGUAGAAGCAUAUCCCACUCGGCAUGAGACUGCUAAAGUCGUAGCAAAGAAGCUACUGGAAGAAAUCUUUCCAAGGUAUGGUGUACCUGGGGCUAUUGGUUCAGACAACGGGCCUGCCUUCACCUCCCAGGUAAGUCAGUUAGUGGCCAGUACAUUGGGGAUUAAUUGGAAAUUACAUUGUGCUUACCGACCCCAAAGCUCAGGGCAGGUAGAAAGAAUGAAUAGAACUAUCAAGGAGACUUUAACUAAAUUAACGCUUGAAACUGGCACUAGAGACUGGGUGCAACUCCUGCCAUUAGCUUUGUACAGGGCCAGGAACACCCCUGGCCCUCAAGGACUAACCCCCUUUGAAAUUCUGUAUGGUGCCCCACCACCUGCUGUCAAUUUCUAUGAAACUGAGAUUUCUGCUCUGUUCACCCCCACCCUGCAGACCCAUUUACGUGCAUUGCAGUUAGUCCAAAAUGAAGUCUGGAAGCCCCUAGCAGCAGCCUAUAAGGAACAACUGGAGAAACCAACAGUGCCACACUCCUUCAAGAUAGGAGACACCGUCUGGGUCCGCAGGCAUCAGAACAAAAACCUUGAACCUCGCUGGAAAGGACCUUACACCGUCUUGCUGACCACCCCUACCGCCAUCAAGGUAGACGGCAUUGCAGCUUGGGUCCACGCAUCCCACGCGAAAGCUGCACAUCCACAAGACUCCACCCCUGCACCCCAGGAAUCAACAUGGAGGUUACAACGCACCCAAAACCCACUAAAGAUAAGACUUUCACGCUGUUAAUUAUCUUAGCUUUGUUUCCCAUGAUGUCCUAUGGCAGUCCACAUGUAUCCAGAAAUCUAGUUUGGUUUAUUCACAAUAUUGAAACUGGAAAGAAACUGGUCCUGGCUAAAGGGCAUCA